CUCGAUUGGGAUGACCCCAUUCCUAAUUCCCACCUGAUAAAGUGGAAAGCUUGGUUAAGAAGGCUGCCAGAGUUAGAGCAAGUAAGUGUACCACGAUGUAUACAACCUAAGAAGAAAAACGUGAUCGAGUCAGAGAUCCAUACGUUCUGUGAUGCCUCGGAGGAAGCUUUCGCGGCCGUGGUCUAUUUGAGAAGCAUUUAUGACGACGGCGACGUACGGUGCUCCUUCCUGAUGGCCAAGACGAAAGUAGCUCCGCAGAAAGCUUUAAGUGUAGCAAGGCUUGAACUGCAAGCUGCCCUUCUAGGUGCUCGCCUAGCGAAUUAUGUUAAAGAAGCUAUGACACGACACAUUGACCGCGUGUUCUUUUGGACGGACAGUAAAUGUGUUAUUGGUUGGAUACGAUCUACUGCAGUUUGGUAUAAGCCGUUCGUCGCUCACCGAGUUGGCGAAAUCCAAACGUUGACAGACUCAAAGUCCUGGCGCCACGUACCUGGCCGACUGAAUGUAAGUGACUGUGCCACCCGUUCGAGAUUUGAUGAGCGAUCGGAAUUGAUUCCCGUGCGUUGGUUCACUGGUCCUGAUUUCCUUUAUCAAGUUGAAGAUAACUGGCCAAAGGAAAUGCCUGUCGAAGAGUUACAGCAACACGAAGAAAUCAAACCAAGCAAAAUAUUCGUUGCCAAAUCCAACCCAGAGCGUGUUCCCGUCUAUGCUGACGUCGACUUAGAGCGAUUUUCGUCCCUGUCGAAAGGACAGCGAGUAGCAGCGUUAGUUCAUCGUUUCUUCAAUGUAUGUAAAGGAAAGAAACCAAAGAGUAGUGUCGUAACCGUACAAGAAUUACGAGUUGGACAGACUGCUCUAGUGCGCCAAUGUCAACGAGAAGCAUUCCCCGACGAGCUCCAAUCCUUGGAAAGAACGAAUAGUGUCAGCAAGCGAUCAAAACUGUUGCCUUUUACCCCCUACCUGGACGAGAAUAACGUAAUCCGUGUUGGAGGAAGACUUGACCGUGCUCAAUUACCUUACGAAGUGCGACACCCGAUCCUCCUACCUCAGAAACACCGUUUGACCCAGCUGAUUGUCGGGAGCUAUCAUCGGUUCGAAAAACACGGAGGAACUGACCACGUUUUGGCCGCAAUUCGUCAAAAGUUCUGGAUAAUUCGCGGACGACAGGAAGUCAAGAGUUUCAAGAGAAAGUGCACUCAGUGUAAGAAAGAACGAGCGAAGCCCGGCAGUCAGUUACUAAGUGAACUUCCUAUCGAAAGAAUAACUACCAUGCAACCAGCAUUUUACCACACUUCUGUGGAUUAUUUCGGGCCAAUCGAAGUCAAGUUGACUCGAAACACGAAAGCGAAGAGAUACGGCGCCCUGUUUACAUGCAUGACGACUCGAUGUGUUCAUUUGGAAGUUGCUGAAUCGUUAUCUACCCCUGACUUCCUACAAGCUCUUCACAAGAUGAUGGCGAGGCGUGGAGAGCCAAGAUCUAUCUACAGUGACAACGGCACGAACUUCGUCGGCGCAGUCUCUGAAUUGAAGUCGAUGGUUAGAGAACUAAAUCAUAGUGAAGAACUUCAAACCCGCCUAGCUAGAAUUGGAGAAGGAAUUACCUGGAAGUUCCAACCCCCUGCAAGCCCUCACUGGGGAGAAGUACACGAGAGUUUAGUUAAGUCAGUCAAGACAGCACUUAACCGUACCCUGAAUCCAAAAGGAGGACCAAAAAGAAGUAACCCUACAGAUUUGCAGUUGUCCGCUCUCUUUGCCGAAGUCGAGCGAUUCGUCAAUUCACGACCGAUAACAUAUGUCAGCAGCGAUCCUGAGGACAUAGAGGCUCUGACACCCUACCAUUUUUGGUUACAUCGACGCUCGCCAGUUGUCCCACUCGGAGAGUACAGCCGACCAAACUUUCAAGGUCGUUUCAAACAGACCCAGCACUUAGCAAAUGUCGUGUGGCAGCAGUGGGUGAAGCUCUACCUGCCUAAUCUCAUCUCCCGGAAGAAGUGGCGGAACGAGGAAAGGAACAUUUCAGUUAACGACGUUGUUCUCAUAGCAGAUCCGGGUCUUCUACGUGGUGAGUGGAAGUUAGGACGAGUUGUUGAAACAUGUCCUGGAAAAGACGGACGAGUUCGAGCUGCCAAAGUGAAGACUAACAAUGGUGUUUAUACCAGACCAGUUACGAAAUUAUGUCUUCUCGAAGAGGAAUGCGGAUACGAUCGUCGCCCCGAUGAAAUCGAGACGAACGAUGGGGAGGAGUGAUGGACGGGCGUUGAGAAACUUUAUAUGAAGUAUGCGUUUAUUAUACUGCGGGCUCAAGAACAAACGUUGUCGUGACGUUUUGAGAGAACUGAGUUGUUUAAAAGGAAAUUGGUCGUUUUGUACGCUGUUUUGGACGCUUUUGGAUCGCGAAAACUUGUUAUUAUUGUCGAUUUUGUACUGCUCUGUUGGCUGGCUUGAAUCAAGAAGAUUUGACUGUUUUUGAACGGUAAAAAUGAGCAUAAUUUGACUGAUUUAUUUCCGUAUAUGGGUCAUUCCAUUUAUUAUCCGCACCCCCCCUAUGGAUGAGCUCUGGUAAAAAUGUUACCUGUAGGAAUCGGAUUUCAGAGAAGUACCCUGUUGGAAUCGACAGUAUCAAUCUAAACCCUAGGAAUGCUGCUAAUUGCCAAUAUCUCACUGGUAGGAAUCUGCUAAUUGCCAAUAUCUCACCGGUAGGAAUCUGCUAAUUCCCAAUGUCAGACCGGGGGGGGGGGGGGGUGAGAAUAAUAAAUGAAAUUAUUAUGAUUCUCAUAAUAAAUAUUUGGCAAUAUAGUAUGCUACACCUUGACGGCAAUAUCUGACCGGUAGGAAUCGGGCCAAAGGAAUCUGUUAAUUCCCAAUAUCUGACCAGUAGGAAUCCCCUAAGUCCUAAUAUCUGACCGGUAGGAAUCCGCUCAUCCAUAGGGGGGGUGCGGAUAAUAAAUGGAAUGACCCUAUGUGACGGUCGUAAUAUUUUAACUUAGACAGUCUCAGUUUAUUCAUUUAUGUAUUGUGUAAGGUUAAUAGGUAUGUUUUAGUAUUUCUGUAUUAUUUCGCUUUGUAAGUUUAUGAAUAUUUGUCUUUUUAGCGUGAAAAAUAAAACCGUUCGUUAUUGUGAGUGGUGUGUACUUCAUGUAACAUUUAAUAUACAGUCCCCAAAUACAAGUAUUGAAGGCGCGUGGGUUGGUCGUCAACAAACAUUGAAACGAGGCCCAUAGGCGUGAACAUUGUAUACCAAGUAUCAAAGAAAAUAACUUUGACUCUUGGGAUAUAAUAAUUAAACUGAUUUAAUUACAGUGUUUUGGGCGCCAGACAAUCUCCCUAUGUACGUCCAUCCACUCCCUGUGCAGUCUGAUUCAGGAAUCGCCUCGCCACCACUAUGGCAUUCUGUUUCUGCAUAACCAACGCUGUUUCUUGAUUUGAUGAAAUAAAUUCCACCACUUCCACUACAAGAAUGAACAACAAAGGAUAAAUCUAGGUGGAAUCCUUGCAUCUGUUCACGGAAACCUGCUCGGCUGGGACGAGAAAUUCGCCCGCAUAGUCCAGCCAAUCGGGCUACGUAAGACGCGGGAUGCAUGCAUGCUGUAUACAGCCCCGUGGACGCGCAGCGUCCGACAGCUGCAUAUAGCAUACAUCAAC